AGUAGACAUAACAACAUCAAGAUAGAAUUAAUAAUCGUUGACUGAGAAUUAUUUUUGGAUAAUUAUGGCUGAUAAAGAGAACCCGAAAGCAGGAUCGCCCUCGCCCUCAGAGAGUAACAGUCAAAGUCCCAGACGUCCAACACAGAAACAAGAUAGUGCACCAGAGCGUCGAGACGAUUCCUCUGAUGGUCGAGCUGAGCAGAAUGAGUUCUUUAGGAAGGAGUUAACAAGGAUCGAGGAAGGGUUAAAGAAAGAAGUUUCCAAAAUACAGAAGCCACUCCAAAAGAAACACACGCCUUUUAUUUUUAACGAUUUGAAGCCUUAUUAUGAUACAAGCUCACAAAGAUACCUUAUUGAAACACCAGAAGAACUGCAGCACUGUUAUUCCAGCAGAACCACAGCAAUAGGUUUGAUUGAUCCCUGGAAAAAUCUCGAGAUGGACAAAUCUGUUCUUCCAGUUUUAGAGCCUAAAGCAGUCAACCGCGGAGAGACGCAAAAGAAAAAAGAAAAGAAAAUUGAUGAACGAGCAAAGAAAACUAAACACGAAGGCAGCACAAGACUUCCAAAAUAUCCUGUAGUUACUUUAGAAACGUCUGAUUUAGCCACCAAGAAACUGUAUUAUAGCGAUGUCCCCAUGUUAAGGGAAGAAUUGAAGCAGAAAUAUAGCGCAAACGCUACCAAAAAGAUCGAAGAAGACUACGAGAAGACGAAGCAAGACUUUUAUCGCAUGGAUUUAGACAAGCUGAACGAAGUACAUCCCGUUAACAGGGAACAUAUGAGAAGCACCUAUUUUGCCUACCUCCAAAACACCCCCGGCUCCAAGAAAGCCAUAAAUGAGUGUGUGAAAAGUAUAGAUAAAACCGAGAAGGCACAAUAGGGUUAUUCUGAUUAUUUUGAAUUUUUAAAAAGGUUAUGCUUUUAUGUUGAUUAAUUGAACGCUCGUUUACAAAAUAACAAAAUGAAAAUUUAAGGUGAAUGAUUCAUUCAGUAAAAAUGAAAAUCUUUUUCUAUGUUAUAUAUAUAUGAAUAUAUCCCUCUAUAUUUGAAUGUUAUUAUUUAAGUCAGCAUGCCUGUGAUAUAUUUUGUUGAUAUUGUAUUCAAUAUUUGGAGGGUCCACGUAGCCUGUAUAUUUAUCUCUAAUAGGCAUCGAGGACUGAAUCAUCAAUGUGUAAAUUCCAAAAAUCAAAAUGGCGUAUCGAAAGCAAGUUCGGCCAUGUUGCCAUCAAAUCUGUCCACGAUUUUCAAAAUCAAAAUGGCUUUUUGGACACCAUAUUGUAUUUGUAACAGAAAAAGAAAUUCGACGAUGUUGCCUUCAACUCGCCCCUUAUACUCAGUAUUCGAGACUCCGUCCACGAUUGUUGAAUGUCAAAAUGUGCCUAAUAUAAAAUUGUUCCUAUAUUUUGUAUACUUUGUCAACUACCAUUGGUUAUCAAUUUCAAAAUGGCCGCGGUUUGGUCGCCAUUUUAAAUAUAUUUAUCUACCAUAUUGUUUCUGAUCUACAUGUUAUGACAGGGUCUUUAUCAUAAACAGAGAAAAUCUUACUUAUUACAUCAAGAUAUUAUGGUAGAUCUUAAAUUUUACUGGUAUUUAAAUGCCUAUGAUUUUCUAUUGUCUAUAUAAUGUAACGUUAUUGUAAAAUUGCCAGAGUUACUUCCCUUAUAAAAUGAGUUUUAAAAAA